AUGAGCAACAGGUCACCUUCAGAUGAGGGGGGAGAAUAUUUCCGCCAUCCUGCACAAGAAUGGCUUGAGGAAGACGACGAAUUAGACAUGGAUUAUCAUUCCGCGCUGGAAGGACAGGACGAGGAGGACGAAGAUUGGGAAGAUGAUGAUGACGGGAUGGGCCUCGGCAUUGCAGGUGGUGCGAAUGACAGCCUCCAACUAAGACAGACUACAGUAGCACGUCAACUGACUAGCUUCGUGGCAGAAAAUCCACAUAUCAAUCUCGGCAGCAUCCACAUCGAGUUAACGGUGGAUGACCCACCGGAAGGCGAGGAAACAGGCAAUGCGGAUCGUCGUCGACACGUUCCCGCCUCAAGAUUAAUCGAAUUGCUCGCACAAAGCGGUCUGCACCGCAUCCUCCAUUCCAACGGUUUCGCAACAAAUCUCACGGAGAACUUUGAGGUCGACGAUGAGGACGACGAUGAAGACGAUUUUGAUUACCCGGGUCCACUCAGGCAUCGACUGCGAAACUGGAGAGCUGGGCGAAGCGAUCAGUUCCCGAAAGUGCCUAGCGACGAGGGCACCGAACUAAUGGGCGAGGGCCAAUUUGGAACAGAUCCGCACUAUGUGGAUCGCCUCAAGAAACGCAAAAGGGCGCUUGCGACACACCUUAUGUGGAGAGAGCUGGGAAUUGAUCCUUAUGGAGUGCGCAAGAGGGCGAACCGGUCACUUUCUCAGCACAUGAUCCCUGGCUCUGCGGCCGAUAAGAUCAUUCAUUAUGAUUCCCGAAGCUAUUCGGGCCAGUUCUCAGAUGAUGGGAAUUUCUUUUUUUGUUGUGCACAAGACUUCAAGGUCAGGAUGUAUGACACGUCCAACCCGUAUGAGUGGAAAUAUUACAAAACUGUCGAUUAUCCCUUUGGCCAGUGGACUAUCACCGAUGCCACGUUAAGUCCAGAUAAUCACCACCUAGUCUAUAGUUCAAUACGCAGUCAAGCCUAUCUAGCAUCGACAGACCCAGACGACGAUUCGGAUCCAACAGUCCUGGAUUUCUCUCUACCACCUGGUCAGCGACGACGACGAAGCUGGGGCAGUUCACAUUUCGGCAUAUGGUCUCUUAGAUUUUCAGGAGAUGGACGUGAGGUGGUUGCAGGCACAUCAGAGAACUCGGUCAUUGUCUACGAUCUUGAGACCAAGCAACCAGUCCUCAAUCUUCGCGAUCGCCACCAGGACCAUGUCAACGCAGUCUGCUUCGGAGAUACAUCAUCACCCCACAUUCUCUAUUCCGGAUCCGACGACACGACAUUACGAGUCUGGGACAGACGUUCAAUGGGCGAUGGCCGCGAAGCCGGCGUGUUCAUGGGCCACACCGAGGGUCUAACAUACGUCGACAGCAAAGGCGACGGUCGAUAUGUUCUUUCCAACGGCAAGGACCAGACGAUGAAACUCUGGGAUCUGCGGAAGAUGAUGACAACGGCCAAAUUCGAUACUAUUGAUCCAAACGACUACACCACCGGCUUCGAUUACCGUUUCCAACCAUACCCGGAUGACUACUACGAGCCGCAUGAGCAUGAUUGCUCUGUUGUCACGUUCCGCGGCCACCGUGUCCUCAAGACUCUCAUCCGUUGCCAUUUCUCGCCACCCGGUAGCACAAACUCACGGUACGUGUACACCGGUAGUGAGGAUGGUAAAAUUUACGUCUACAAUAUGGAUGCUACGCUGGCCGGCACUGUCGACGUUGCGGCAGCGACGACUAAUUCCAGACCCCGUGAGCCAGAUGUUUUUGCGACGGCGUAUGAGAUGAGUGGGGAGAUGUUGUGGAGGACAUGCGUUCGGGAUGCAAGUUGGCACCCGAAUGCACCGGUCCUUGCAGCAACCUCUUGGAAUGGAUGGGGACUGUCUAGUGGCACUUGUACUGUACAUUCAUGGAACGAUGGUGCAGAGGAUGACGAGGGAGAACCGCCGAUUGGGCAAAGCUAUGAUGACAAGCUUCGAUAUGUGCCCGAGUUCAAUCGCUACCGGGAGAAUGCCCCAGCUCCUCGUUCUAGACGACCACUGCGCAGCCGGCCUGUGCACCGAAUGCCUAUUGACGAGGAUGACGCAUGGUGA